GAGUUCCACUUCCAGAACUGCAUCCAUCAUUAAAUAAUAAAUCAAAAAUUAAACAUAUGAUUGCAACAAAACGUCAUGCUGAACAUCCAUAUGGUCAAGAUAUUAUGAAUAUGAGUUUUAAACGUAUACAUGGACCAAUUAACAAGUGGGAAGUAUCUUUAGUAUUUGCAUGUGCUUUUACAAUUCUUCAAACUGCCGAUACAUACAAAAAACUAUUUGAAGAACUUUUUAAUUGUGUUGAACAGGAUUGUGAACAUCCUGUUGAGUUUCAACAUGUUCAUGGUCGUGGAAUUGGAUGUAUUUUGGCUGAUAAGCAUUAUGGUCAAGCACUAGGUCAAUAUUUAGCUGAGAAAUUUCCAAUAUUUAAUGCUACAGAACAUUUAGAGCAAAUUUACAAAUUAUGUACUAUACAUUUUAAAAGAUAA